AUGUUCAAGAAAUUCACUAAAGAAGACAUCCACACUCGUGCCAACAUCAAGUCCUCCGUUCAAAGAGGUCUUAAAUCCAACUUUGUCAGCAUCUACCCAUCUCUCGAGCCGGCAAUUGAUCUUCUCAUACCGAAGAAAUCUCAAGUCAUUUCAAUCAAAUGUGAAGACAAGAUUCAAUUAUUCGCCGUUGACAAUGAAGUAGUCAUGUUUCAACAUUUCAAUGAAGAUUUAAUCCCAACUUUAACCACGGUACAUAAAUAUCCUGAUUGUUUCCCAAGAGUACAAGUCGAUCGUGGGGCUAUUAAAUUCGUUUUAAGUGGUGCUAAUAUUAUGUGUCCUGGUUUGACUAGUCCAGGUGCGAAAUUGCCAGAAGAGAACUUUGAGGAAGGUACUGUUGUCACGGUUUAUGCGGAAGGAAAAGAACAUGCUUUGGCAAUUGGGAAGUUGUUGAUGAGUACUGAUGAUAUCAAGAGUAAGAAUAAAGGUAUUGGUAUAGAAUUGUUACAUUACUUGGGUGAUGGAUUAUGGAAUCAUAGCGAAUAG